AUGGCGAGUGCACUGUCCCUCUCGCUCCCCGCCCCCCUCCGCCACUUCUUCGCCCUCUUUCCUCUCUAUACCCACCCAGCCAUCCAUACUCCUGACAGGGCGCUCCCAAUCACUUCGCCCACACUCUGGAUACACGUUCCUUGGAGCCCCGACGCCGAUGUGCUAAGCAGCGACGUCGAAUGUCUCAAGUGGCAAGCAUACCUCGCCCUCCGCGGCCUCUUAGACAUCUCAGUGCGCUGGGAUGUCCCCGUUGAUGGCGCGCUUGACGCGCGGCUCCCCAAUCUCCACAUUCCGCUGAAGACGCUGCCUGGCGCAUCGGACGAGGUCAAGGCGUCAGAAGACGGCGAGGGCGAGCUCCUCCCCGCGCACCUGAUCCCGGAAUGGGUCGACGGACAGACUGGUGCUUUCGACGAGCUCGAGGGGUAUGCGGACGAGGCGGCGAGGGACGAGAGUCGCGCGUGGGUCGCGCUUUUGGAAGGCAACGUGCAUGCUGCCCUGGUACGCUCUCCGUCCCUCCGCGCCUUCUGGCCGCCGCUUGACCGGUCACAUAUUCACAGACCCUCAGCCAGCCCUCUUCGUCGUCAUUGGCGUCCGCUGGAGGCAGUCUUGCCACAUCCGCCUGCCCCGCUCUUUGGCAUUAGUUCCCUCCUUCCUGCCUACGGCACGCACGUCAACGUGGAGGCUGUUGAACAGCAAUACAAAGAUGCCAUUGCGUCUCUCUCAGAACGAUUGGGCACUGACAAGUGGUUCCUUGGCUCGUCUUCGCCAACAGCGCUCGACGCGCUCGUGUUUGCGUACCUUCACUGCAUUCUGCACUCAAAGGACCACACCCUCCGCUUCGAGGUCACCCGGCGCGUCAACCUCGUCGCUUGGGAACGCCGCGUCCAGAGCCAAGUCCGCGGCGCGUUUCGGGCCCGCUCCGUCAUCCAAGCAUCGUAG